AUGAUGAAGAUUUUAGCGAAUGGGGAAAUCGUUCAAGAUGAUGAUCCGAGAGUUCAGGCAAAACCACAAGCUUCAACAAGAUCAGCUAAGCAGACCACUCAAGACAUCAGAAGACACAAUGUUGAGACAAUUCCUCCAAAUGAUGCUAAUGUUGUAGCUCAUGGACCAAGUUAUUCAAUAUUUGAUACACUAAACAAUCAGUUAGUGUCGGUUGGAGUACCCACAUGGAAUUUAGGACCCUAUCCUGUUAAGCCAAUUGUAUCAGUAGGCUUUAUUUUAUCUAUCGCUGUAAUGGGAUUUAGAGGUCUUUUAUUUUCUGGACUUUUGUUUUUUGUGGUAAACUACAGCCAG